UCCUGGGACAAUUCCCUAAUUCGUUUACUUAUCCCCGAUGAUGACUCGCCGUUGGCUAAUCAUGUUAAAAAUAACCCGAAUGCUAAUGAUGUUUUUGUCGUCUCUCUUUCGAACUUAAAGUAUCAACCGGAUUUUCGAAAGAUACGCAACCUAAAUUUUAGUGGUUUAAUAGUAAAAGAUACUAGUCAAGUAAAAAAAAUAGUCGGAACUGAACGACCGCAGGCAGAAAUUGCUUUUCAAGUCAUUAGUCAACAGAAAAAAACCCAAGGGACCGACCCUGACCCAAAAAAUUAUAACCACGAACUAGUAGUUAAGCCUUUUUCUCUUGGCAUGGAGGGGAUACCAGAAAUUUCCCGAAUUAUUUUUAUUUUUUCUUCUCUUACCCCAGGACAAAAAGAAAUUGAGAAAGGAAUAAUAAAGACCGAAUUAUAUAACAGUAAAUUAUUAGCCGAAAGUGCUG